GCCUCUCUCGCGCAGCCCGCGCGUUGCCUUGGCAACCAUAGCGCAGCGUCUUCCGGAGGGAGCUCCUGUCAGCCGGCAGAUUCCCACCACUCCGCUCGCUCCCCACUGCCCCGCAGCUUUUACGUGGGCUCCGAGUCUGAGGGACAACAAAAAUGGCGGAGCGGAGCCAGACGACGCCUGAGGCAGGCAAUGAUAUGGGAAAUGAUGAUUCCAUUGGAGGAAAUGUAAACAAAUAUAUGGUACUUCCAAAUGGUUACUGUGGACAAGCCAAGAAAGGUCAUCUUGUCUUUGAUGCAUGCUUUGAAAGUGGUAACCUUGGCCGGGUGGACCAGGUCUCUGAAUUUGAAUAUGAUCUAUUCAUUAGGCCUGAUACCUGUAACCCACGCUUUCGAGUCUGGUUCAACUUUACUGUGGAAAAUGUGAAAGAAUCACAGAGGGUCAUUUUCAACAUUGUUAACUUCAGUAAAACAAAGAGUCUUUAUAGAGAUGGGAUGGCCCCUAUGGUGAAAUCUACCAGCAGACCAAAAUGGCAAAGGCUGCCACCUAAAAAUGUGUACUACUACCGCUGUCCAGACCAUCGGAAGAACUAUGUGAUGUCCUUUGCAUUCUGUUUUGACCGAGAAGAAGAUAUUUACCAAUUUGCUUACUGCUACCCGUAUACGUACACUCGCUUCCAGCAUUACCUUGACAGCCUCCAAAAGAGAAACAUGGACUAUUUCUUUCGGGAGCAGCUGGGCCAGAGCGUGCAACAGCGGCAGCUUGACCUCCUGACAAUAACCAGCCCUGAUAAUCUCCGGGAAGGGGCAGAGCAGAAGGUGGUAUUUAUCACAGGACGAGUCCACCCAGGGGAGACUCCUUCUUCCUUUGUAUGCCAAGGGAUCAUUGACUUCCUUGUGAGCCAGCACCCGGUUGCCCGUGCUCUUCGAGAACACCUGGUCUUUAAGAUUGCACCAAUGCUCAACCCUGAUGGAGUCUACCUGGGCAAUUACAGGUGCUCUCUGAUGGGGUUUGACCUGAAUCGUCACUGGCUAGAUCCUUCUCCUUGGGUCCACCCUACCCUGCACGGGGUGAAGCAGCUCAUCGUGCAGAUGUACAAUGACCCAAAAACAAGUUUGGAAUUCUAUAUUGACAUCCACGCCCACUCCACCAUGAUGAAUGGCUUCAUGUAUGGCAAUAUCUUUGAGGAUGAGGAACGGUUCCAAAGGCAGGCUAUUUUCCCCAAGCUCCUUUGCCAGAAUGCUGAGGACUUCUCCUAUUCAAGCACGUCCUUCAACCGGGAUGCAGUGAAGGCAGGGACUGGCCGACGCUUCCUCGGUGGGCUCCUGGACCACACUUCCUACUGUUAUACCCUAGAGGUCUCCUUCUACAGCUACAUCAUAGGGGGCACCACCGCUGCUGUGCCCUACACUGAAGAAGCCUAUAUGAAGCUGGGACGUAAUGUGGCGAGGACGUUCAUGGAUUAUUACCGCCUGAACCCCCUAGUCGAGAAGAUGGCCGUCCCCGUUCCUAGACUGCGGAAAGAAAAAUCCCCUCCCUCCAAGCACCCAGUCCUGCCGGGCCCGAUCAGCAGCUACCCCAACAGCAAAGGGGACAAGAAGAACUCAGUGAACCACAGAGACCCUUCAACCCCUUUUUAAAGACAUGGAAUCUGGAGAGGUUUUGUGGAGACAGGAGCACGUGCAUUUCCUGCUGGGGCAUGAAAUGAAUCAUCCUUUUCUGGUUUCCAAGACAAGGCUUUGUGGGAUAAGGCAUAUGGUUAAUGAAAGGGAAGGGAGAAGGGGAAAAAAAAGAAAAGAAAAAGAAAUUUAAUCAUUGAUUUUCCUUUUCACCAAUGGAAAAUCAAUUGUGAGCCUUUAACACAAGGCUGAACAAAAUAGAAGACUGGAACCAGGUGAGCACAGAUGCGAUUUUCCACAACAUA